AUGCUCUUCAGCACCGCACUUCUUGCUUCACUUCUGGUCGCCGUCUCGGCCAAGAAAGGCCUGCUCGCCGCCCACUAUCCGGCGUAAGUCGUCGUCAACACACCCCUCACAAUGUGGUCUGCGCCCACCCCAGAUUUGAUCUUAAUCUGCAUGUGUAGACUGAUUCGUCGCCUCCUUCCUUACAGGUAUGAGGUCGACGCCAUCAUUGACUGGAAAGUCACUGAUAUUGGCUACCACAUGUGAGUACGCUGACCGCUAGCUCGCGCCAGCCGGGCAACCCUCGGGCCUCUUCACCCGGCGAAUAGCGAACGGUUGGAGCUGAGACCUCGUCCUCAACCCCCUCUUUGGUCCACAUUCACUAGCGCCGCUGUGACGGCCAAGGAUGGACUCGCCUUCCCUGCCGGCGAAAAAGGCCUUGCAAAAUUCGUGUCGGGAGCCCACGCAAGUGAGUUACAGUUCAAAUAUGCUUGAUCCCCCAGUGGCCCCUAUUCUGAAAUUGAAACUUACCCCUGACCUACCACGUAACAGACAAGAAGAAGGCGGUGCUCUCCAUCGGUGGAGCUGAUGGCUCGGUACCAUACUAGUCCCAAUGUGAAGAAGUUGACUCGAUACUUGGGCACGUGACUGACACAAGCUAUCGCCCCCUAUCUCUUGUGCCCAACAGCAAUAUUUCUCGAGCUUGGUCAAGACCGAAUCUGCGCGCGCCAAGUUCGUCAAGCAGAUACUUGAGGUCGUCAUAGAGGUCAGUAUUUGGCCUCGUUACAAAGUAAAGUAUUAGUGAAGAGGACUCUGAAAUCAAAGCUGAUACUCUUCUCCGCGAAUAAUAGAACAAGCUCGAUGGUGUCAAUGUCGGUGAGUGCACAACAGGCCCAACUAGCCUCCCAACUCCAUGAUCUUGACCAUACACCAUCUUUUGAUAGACUGGCGAUUUCCCACCGUCCCCGGUAACCCCAAGAACGAAAUCGAUCCCGCGGACUCGGCCAACCUCCUCAAGUUCCUUCAGGAUUUGCGCCACUCUCGUCCCAACGAUUGGAUCUCCGCCGCCGUGUCGGUCAACGGCAUCUUCGGCCCGAGCGGCACCACGACCUUGACCGACUACAAGCCCUUCGCCAAGGUCGUCGAUGCUUUCAACGUCAUGGCCUACGACUACGUCGGCGGAUGGACUAACCAGACCGGUCCUGACUCGCCCUCGUACAAAUGCGGUACCGGAAGGUCGUUCACUACCGACAUCGAGCGCUUCAUCGAGGCCGGCUUCCCCGCCAACAAGAUCAUCCUCGGUGUUCCUUCGUUCGACAAGGCCUUCACCCUCCACGACAGUAAGCUCCGCACAAGCAUCGUGUACGGGGACCAGCAAGUUCCCAAGAAGUACAGGACACGCAUAUUUCAAAACUACGACACCUACAACGGCGCAGACUACACGUAUGUCAAGUUGAAGGCGCAGGGGAUCCUCGCGGGCGAGGAUGGGUUGACCACCGGCAAGGGAUACACAAGGCACUACGACCACUGCUCCAGGACGCCUUUCCUUUUCAACCCCCACACUAAGAUCUUCAUCACCUAUCUUGAUGCUCGCUCGGCGGCGUACAGAGCGCAGAGGGCCGUUGAAUUGCGUUACCUCGGUGUCGGCGUCUUCACCUCCACCGGGUUCGACGAUUAUGGCAAGUGCAGAAGCCAAUCCAACACAUGAGCGUUCCAAGUUGCUAACAUUCAACUUUUUGUACGACCCCACAGUCUUCAAUGCCAUCGACAAGGCGUUGAGGACCCCUAUCGGUGGCUUCGCCUCGCCUUGA